UUGAGCGCUCAUGUUAAGACACACGGAUGGACUAUAGAGAGAACAAAAAGCACACAAUUGGUUUAUGGAAGUUGUCUGCAUGCAUUCAAGGCACAAGCAAAGCCAGCUGGCUAGGAUACCACAACUUGUGACAGCUAAAUUAUUACAGGUUCCAACAGCAGCUCUGGGGCUGAGAUGAAGCUCUCUGCAUUUACUCCCAGGACUCAAGAGAAGAACGAGAGCUGGGAAACUGUGCAUCUCACUUAGGUCCUUGUGAUAUACGAAGAAAGCUAUGCAAGCAACAGCAGGAGGAAUCUAAGACGAGCAGAACUCUCGCCUUCCUCAUUGUUCUGCAAACAACACAGACCGGCUCAGCCUGCACUUAAAAGAAUUUUAGGCACCAGACUCCCCCUGUUUAGGAUGGACACAACACUUUGGAAACUUGGACUGAUGCUUUUUUUAAUGGUACCCACAGGCCUCUGUUCAAGCAGUGAUACCAAAAUUAGAAGAGACACAUUGACUAGGAUUGCUCGUUCUACGGACGAUGAUGGGAAACAGUGUGGUUAUACCUUCAUGGUGCCUCAACAGAAAGUCACAGGACCCAUAUGUGUUGUUACAAAAGGAUCUGGACCAAAUAAGGACUUGGUGACCAAGAUGGAUUUAGAGAAUGUGAAAGAUACUUUGGCUAAACAGAGGAGGGAGAUGGAAAUGCUUCAAGUGGUGGUAGCGGUGGAUGGAAAUAUAGUGAAUGAAGUGAAGCUGCUAAGAAAGGAGAGUCGCAACAUGAACUCCCGUGUGACUCAACUUUAUAUGCAGCUCUUGCAUGAAAUUAUCCGCAAGCGAGACAACGCUCUUGAAGUUUCUCAGCUGGAAAAUAAGAUUCUUAAUGUAACGUCAGAAAUGCUCAGAUCAGCUACUCGAUACAAAGAGCUGGAACUAAAAUACGCAACACUGAUAGAUGUUGUAAAUAACCAGUCAUCUGUUAUUGCACUGCUGGAAGAACAAUGCAUGAAAGUUUUCUCCAGGAGAGACAGCCCAGGCUCACCACCUUUAGUGCAAGUUGUUCCCCAACACUACCCCCAGAUCCAUCAGUACACACCUGGGCUUGGGGGCGGUAAUGAAAUUCAGAGGGACACAGGGUACCCAAGAACCAGAGACAGCAGAGAGCCACCACAGGUCCCGACAAGCAGUCCAUUCCGGAUCCCUCCAGUAACAAUCAUUGAUGAAGGGCCAUUUAGAGACUGCCAGCAUGCGAAAGAAUCAGGAUUUUCCAAUAGUGGAAUCUAUUUGAUAAAACCAGAUAAUGCCAACAGUCCUAUACAGCUUUGGUGUGAGCACAGCUUGGAUCCAGGUGGAUGGGCAGUCAUACAGAGGAGAAUUGAUGGAUCCGCAAACUUUUUCAGAAACUGGGAUACAUAUAAGAAAGGGUUUGGGAACAUUGACGCGGAGUACUGGCUGGGACUGGAGAACAUCUACCAAUUGACUAACCAAGACAAUUACAGACUUCUGAUAGAGCUGGAAGACUGGAGUAAUAAAAAAGUUUAUGCAGAAUACAGUAGUUUCCGACUGGAGCCAGAGAGUGAAUUCUACAAACUUCGUCUGGGAACAUAUCAGGGUAACGCAGGAGACUCCAUGAUCUGGCACAAUGGAAAGCAGUUCACCACAUUGGACAGAGACAGAGACAUGUACUCAGGUAACUGUGCUCAUUUUCAUAAAGGAGGAUGGUGGUACAACGCUUGCUCCCAUGCCAAUCUCAAUGGAGUGUGGUACAGAGGAGGGCAUUAUCGUAGCAAACAUCAAGAUGGCAUUUACUGGGCAGAGUACAGAGGAGGAUCCUAUUCCCUCAAAGCAGUCCAGAUGCUGAUCCGGCCCAUUGACUGAUGCAUACAAAACAGUAAACAGAAGCACAGACCCCAAUUAUAUAGAGGAAUUAAAACAAUAUUUUAUUUUUUAAGACUUGAUUUUAUUGAUUUAUUGACAACUGAUGCAUUAGAAAUAAUCAAAAAAACUAUUUAUGGAAAAUAUGAAAGAUGUUACACUUUACCCAAGACGAUUCAUGAAAACGAAAUGUACAACAAGAUAAAGUAAUGAAUAUGUCAAUAUUAUUUUUACAUCAGAAGCAUGUAUGGAAUUCUUUACCUACUGCUGGUGUUAAAAAGGCAAGUGAAGCCAAAGAGCAAUUUUGCUCAUUUUUGCAUAACAUUUUGUUUAAUGGCAUUGUCACUCCACCAGCGGAAUCCGUUACAUGUUCAGUUACAGGGGAACUUCUGCCCUGAGGCCUGAUGAGACGCCUGGAGGGGCAGCAAGAAGCCACCCGCAGGACAGGUUGCUUUUUUUUCUCUCUGUAAAAAAACCACAAACUCCACCAUAACCCAAUCUGCAAUGAAGAAGUAAGUCAGUGGAAACGAGUAUUGAAGGGUUGGAAGGCAGCUCCAGGGGGGGUGAAAGCUUAAAAGUUAAAAAGCUAGGGGGGAAACAUAGGAAGUAAUUUUAGCUGAGUAGAGCUGUUGAAACUUGGAAGCAGUAAAGCAACUGUGUAUCAUACAGCAGGCAUCUUUGGGGAAUAUAAAGAACACUGUAAUGCUGUUGUAUUGUUUGCAUACACUGCAGCAGUGAUCCCUAACCAGUGGCUCACAAGCUACAUAUUGCUUACCAACCCCUUGGCUGUUGCUCCCAGUUGUCCCAA